ACACGAAUCAAAUAUCUAAAAUGUGAUUAACUUUUUGUACAUUUAGAUGUUAAAGUCAACUGGACUUACUAAUCACGAUGAUAAUGAAGUCAAGAAAAACUUCUUAAACCAGUUUAAAUUGUUUUGAUUCUGUUGAUACUUAGCUAACUUGUUCACGAGAAUCAAAAAGGUAAUAGUAUUAGAGAGUAAGAAAAGAAAGAGAGAUGAAAAAAUUUUCUCUUCUCUUUCUUAUUACCUGUUUCUUUCAUCAUCAUCAUCCUCAUCUCUUUCUCAGGCCAACCUUUAACAGCGUCAGCAAGUUUUUAAGGUAAUAAAACAAUUGAAAACUUGUUGGUUCCAACCUGUUACCUUGGUCAGAAUACUGAAAGUGCCAAGUCAAUAACGAUAACCAAUUAGUUAAUUUAUAAAUUGUAUUCAUCUAAUUAUCUUUGAGUUAAUUCCAGUGUAAUAAUCAACAUGAACAAUUAAUUCCUUUUAUUGUUGUGGUCAAACAAAAAAAAAUCGUCAAAGGUAAACAUCAUCUUGUUAUUGUUAUUGUUUGGUGAUGAUGUUGAUCUUGAUGCUAUUUUGAUAACAAUUUAGGCCAACUGGUUAAUCUUAAUCUAGUGAAUAAGAUUGGAAAUCAAUCAGUUUAAAAGUUAUAAUUAGUUUUAUUUAUUUCCAAUGAUGUUCCAAAUGGGAUUUAAUGUGAUUCUGUCCAUUAAAGUGGUCAUUUUGUUUUGUUUUCUUGUGGACCAAACUCAAGCCAAUCAACCGCCCACUUUUAUCAAAAACCUUGACCUUUCAGUGGUCAAUGAGAACAGUCCGAUUGGAUUUGUUAUUGGUACUUUACAAGCCGUUGAUCCAGAAAACUCAUCUCUAUCUUAUGGAUUAGAGGGAACUAAUCUUUUCACUGUUAAUCCAAUUUCUGGGGCUGUGUCCGUUUCCUCAUUGAUUGACCGGGAAUCGUUGGGUGGAUCGGUCAAGUUUAACGUUUUCGUUGAGGAUAUUGUCGGUGGUGGUUCUUCAAAUGCCAAUAAUCGAGUUCGAGUUCCGAUCACAAUUUUUAUCAUCGAUGAAAAUGAUAAUCAACCAAAGUUUGAUAUUGACCCUUCACUUGGACCAAUAAGUUCACCAACUGGUCAAUUUAAUGUGAUAACUGUUAAUAUUAGUGAAGAUUCACCACCGGGAACAAUUUUAAUCGACAAGAUAAUCGCUCGAGAUAUUGACCUGGUUGGUUCAAUUCUAAGAGUUUCCUGUAAAUCUUGCUCACCCCAUUUCACGGUCAAUUUAUUAACCGAAGCAUCAACCAAUUUAAUCAGUUUCUCAAUUAGUUUAGUCAAGUCAAUCUCUUACCAGCCCAAUAUGGAGCCAAUUGAAUUACUAUUGACCAUCUCUGAUGGUUCACAUAGUUCAAUGUUGGCCGUUAAAGUGAUCGUUACCAAUGUCCAAAAUAAACCUCCCGUUUUUAUCGGUUCAAACACGGCAGUUGUAUCGGAAGAUUUACCUGUUGGGUCACUUGUUAUGACCCUUAGAGCGGUUGAUGGCGAUUCUCUGUCCAUUGAGGCUUACCGGUCAGGUAUAGAUACGCUUGCAACAAGUAAUGGUCAAGCAAAUGACCUAAGAGGACGUCCAGUUGUCUAUGAGCUGUUAACAAAUCCCUCUGAGUGUUUUAAAUUAGAUUUGAAGACUGGUCAGUUGCGAGUAGCUCGUAAACUGGACAAGGAAGCAUUUCCUUCAACCAAUGGUGUCAUCAGCGUCAAGGUAAAGGCCAUUGAAGUGGACUCACUGGAUUCACCUUAUGGUAAUCGUGAUGAUCCUCUGGCAACAUCAAUCGCUUCGGUGACCAUAACUUUACAAGAUGUUAACGAUGAAUCGCCUCGGUUUAAUCGUCACGAAUAUCAAGUGACCAUUCCCGAAGGUGUUCCCAAUGGGACACCUUUGGCUUCGUUGGACAUGAUGGUCGAAGAUCGUGACACUGGAUCCAAUUCUGUUUUCAAUAUUGCUCUGGACGAUGCUUCUGGUAUCUUUUCCGUUGAACCUCCACUGGCCACUGGAUCAUCUUCGGUAUCAAUUAAAGUGGCCAAAGGUCCACUUGAUUAUGAGAAUCCAAAUCAACGGAAAUUUAUCCUUCAAGUAAUCGCAACUGAAGCUUUUACCAAAGAGCGAUUCUCUUCAACCUCUACGGUCACUGUUAUGAUCGAGGAUGUAAACGAUAAUCAACCAACCUUUGAAGAGGAAAUGUACACAGGUAGUGUUCUUGAGGACGCUUUAGCUGGGACAAUAAUUCGAACCAUCAAGGCCACUGAUCGUGAUUCCCCUAGAAUUACAUCUUUAACUUAUUCCUUGUUUGGAAAUGGUGCUCAUCUUUUCUCAGUCCACCCAACUACCGGUGUUAUAACUGUCGCUGAAUGUGAGACACCAGGUAGAGGAAAUUGUAUCGACUAUGAAACCCGUUCAUCGUAUUACCUUUCGUACCAGGCCAAUGAUGGCUUCGGACAAACUGCCGUCGUCCCGUUAACCAUAAAUGUAAUGGAUUCUAAUGAUAAUCCACCCGUUUUCUUGAGAGAUAAAUACACCGCCAUCAUUGAUGAAGGUUCAACCAAAUUUGAGCCUCCUCUUAGAGUGAAAGCUCGUGACCCCGAUGUGACCUCCGUCAUUACAUAUUCCCUUUUAUCUGGAAAUUCGGAGAAACUUUUCUCUAUUGAAUCCCGUCUUGGUGAGAUUAAAGUUAAUCAAGAGAUUAGAUCAAAAGAGGAAAAGAUUAUCCUUAAAGUUCAAGCAAGUGACGGAGGUAAAGGUCUGGCCACUGCCGAUGUUGAAAUUAUCGUGAGAGAUGCCAACGAUAAUACACCGAUCUUUGAGAAAGAAUCUUAUACAGCUUCAAUCUCCGAAUCAGCUGAACCGGGAACAAUUGUCGAUCGUAUAACGGCCACUGAUUCAGAUUCAGGAAUUAACUCAGAAAUUUAUUAUUCCAUUGAGAAAGGUUCAUUCGAUGCUUUCACCAUCGACCAAAAUACCGGUGCCGUUUCGGUCUCAAACUCUUCAACCUUGGAUUAUGAUCGUAAAUCAACUUAUACGAUUGAUAUUAUCGCUGUUGAUCGAGGUGUGCCCGCUCGAACAGGUACAACCAUGUUAACCGUUAACCUGAUCAAUGACAAUGAUAAGUCACCCUACUUUUACCCGACAACUCAACGAUGUCAGGUAAAUGAGGCCACAUCUCCCGGUACUCGAAUUCAUCGUCUCAAUGCAACCGAUCCAGAUGCCGAAUCACCAGCAUCCUUAAUAUAUCACAUAGAAUCAGUUCAAGGGGUUGAUAAAAAUGGCAUCAGAAUACGACCUCAUGAUAAGGCCAUGUACGAGGUGGAAAAGUUUUUCACCAUCGACACCGAAGGUUGGAUUGUUGUUGGAUCAAAGCUUAAUCGUGAUUCAGCUGCAGUGGUCAACCUAAAUGUUUCCGUUACCGACAUCUCUUCAUCAACACCAACAUCUCAGGUUGGUUUUGGUAACAUAAUCGUCACCCUGAUUGAUCAUAAUGAUUCACCACCAACCUUUUCAUUACCUUGGUCUCCUAAUCGACCUGAAAUGACCUUUUCAAUCGUUGAAGAGCUUCCAAUUGGUACAGUAGUCGCUAGUCUGUUGGCCACUGAUCUGGAAUCAAAGAUAUCCCGUUACACAAUUAAUCCAGAAAGUGAUUACUUUGAGAUAAAUGGUGAGUCCGGAGUGUUGACCAUUAAAAAGUCAAUUGACUUUGAGCGACUUCCACUGACCAGUGAAGGAGAUCUUGAUGAAGGUCAACUAAGGCACGAUCAAAAUGACCCAUCGCUCCCAAUACGAUUCAAUGUUUAUGCUUACGACUCAGGGAUACCAAUAUUAUCUGCAACGGCUAAAGUGACCGUUAACGUUAUUAAUAUUAACGACAAUGAGCCCCAAUUUGAGGUUCCAUUUUACAAUACAACGAUUCCAGAGGACAGUCCACCAGGAUCGGUUGUGGUGAAGGUCAAAGCGACAGAUCAUGAUCGAGGUAAAUUUGGUAAAAUUGCUUAUUCAAUUAUAAGUCAAUCGGGUUCGUCAGUGGCUUCGGUUGAUCAAGCGUCAAGUUUAACGGACAAUUUCAUCAUCGAUUCUGAGACGGGAGUCAUUAAAGUCGCUCCUGGUGCCCUUUUGGAUCGAGAGAAAGGACUUCGAGAGAUAACAUUACAAGUCGCUGCGACUGAUAACCUAGCCGACGAAACGACAAAUUCAUCGACCUCACCAAUCAAUCGAUUCCUUUCAAUUCCUGUUUACAUUAAAAUCGUCGAUGUUAAUGAUAAUUCACCAGCAUUUAAAAAUCGUGAUUACGAAGGUUCAACUUUUGGACAUUUUGAUGGCUCUUCAACAUUAACUCGAAUUCCAGUUCUUCAAGUUUUCGCUGAAGAUCCCGACGAAGGAGUUAACGGUAUGGUGGCCUAUCGAAUCGUCUCUGGUAAUACUCGAAACAUCUUUGAGAUUGACCGAUCAACAGGUAUGAUCUAUGCCGUCCGGUCACCUCUUGAAGUUAAUGGCAAUGUUAAAGAGUAUAAAUUGAAAAUCGAGGCUCGAGAUCAAUCAGGAAGUGGACCAUUUUUUGACGAAACUUUCGUUAAGAUCAAAGUUAUCGAGAUGAAUCGACAUAAACCUCGAUUUAUUAUACCUUCAAGUCCAACUAUAAGUUUCCUCGAGAAUCAAAAACCAGGGACCAAAGUGAUUCGAGUUGAAGCUUAUGAUGAAGACAAUGGACACAACGGAGUUGUCAGAUAUUCGUUCAAAAAAGAUGCAUCGACAAAUGUCCAAGAAACGGAUGAGUUCCAGAUCGAUCCUGAUUCUGGUCUUAUCACGUCAAAAGUACCUUUCGACCGGGAGGAAAAAGAUUCCUAUGAACUGGUUCUAUCUGUUGAAGAUUACAUGGGAGAACCACAAUCAUUUGAAUCUCUUCAAAAAUUGACCGUUCUGAUUAAAGACAUGGACGAUAAUCGACCUGAAUUCCAACGUCAUUCCAACACCGAUGAAACUUAUUUGUUCACAAUCGCUGAGAAUCAACCUCGAGGCAGUUUGAUCGGUAAACUUUCAGCAAUCGAUCGCGAUGUGAUCGAUAAAAAAGUCUAUUAUUAUUUAAUUGGUUCCAAUGGAUCACCUGGUGAAUUUCAUAUCGAUCGAACCAGCGGCCAAUUGUUUUCCAAUGUUUCGUUUGAUCGUGAAUCUCAACAAGACUAUUACCUCGUAAUCAAAGCUACAUCGGCAGCAGAUUCAGCACCCCUGACCUCCGAUAUAAAUGAGACCAACGAAGGUGUUAAAUCCACACUGACGGCUGAUAAACGCAAGGAAAAUGAAAAGAUGACAAUUAAAUCCCGUUAUUAUGAUCCUGAUGAUUUAUCAUUGGCAUUGGUUCAUGUAAUGAUUAGUGAUCUUAACGAUAAUAAGCCAAUAUUUAGUAAGCCCAUUUAUCGAGCAGGGAUCAACCACCGAGCCGAAAUCGGUCGAGCUUUGUCCGUCUCAGUGAAGGCCAAUGAUCCCGAUCAAGGUGCAAACUCAUCACUUGUUUAUACGAUUUCAUCAAUCGACUUGUACAGGAAAGGUUACGAUUCCCCUGAUACUCCAGUUCGUCCAAUUCCCUCUCCGUUCACGAUAGAUCCUGAUUCUGGUAAAAUUAUCACCGCUCAUCUUAUGGCUCAAUAUCCGAUUGGAUCUCGAUUCAUCCUCCACCUUGAGGCUAGAGAAAAGGCUUCACCUCAUCGAACGGCAACCGCAAAGGUUUAUCUUUGGGUCUAUGAUGAGACCAAACUGAUCAAAGUGACCAUAAGAAUGAAACCUGAAGCAAUUAACGCUCGAAAAGACGAGAUUGAAGAGCUACUUUGCAAUGCUACCGAUUCCCGGACCAUUAUCAACGACAUUAGGUAUCAUUUUAGCUCGAAGAUCGGUCGACCUGUGAAAAAAUGGUCCGAUGUUUACACUUUGGUGGUUGACGAUCGAACCUACACCAACCUUAGUCCAGCUCGAAUAAUUGCCAAACUAGAUUCUAGAGCCGAUCUACUUUCAAGUGAGAAUCAAAUUCAAAUUGAAGAAAUCACAUUAGCCGGUGUAUCGGCAGCUCCAUUAGUAACUUCGUCCUUCUUGGGUUUCGACAUUGAAGAUAUGGACGUAAUCUCAAUCGUCCUAAUGGUUCUCGUCUUAUUAUUAAUUAUCGGCUUCCUUUCAAUGGCCGUUGGCUGUUGCUGUCUCCGUACUUGGUAUCACCAUAAACUCAUUGAAUCGGCAUCAAAAGCGGCCUACAAAGCUAAAGUUUCCGCUCUCAAAGGUUACAGUAAUGUAACAAACACCAAUAAUCAAAAUGGUGGACAACAGCAAUCCCAACAGCAGCAACCAAACCAACAACAACAACAACAAAACCAAGGACAACAAUCGUCCCCCGAUUCCCCACCAAGUGUCCACGGUAGUAGCCUUUAUUUGGCCUCGGGUUUCUCGGGUCAAGAAACAGCUAAAUCACGAUGGCGAAAACCAAAGAGCAUCUCAAAUGCUGAUAAACGUCAACAAGUGCCCACCAGUAAUUCAUCACCAACAGGAGUAGCUUCGGCUCGAGCAAAUUACGCCAAAGAAAAUCCACUUUGGACUGAAAAUGGGUCAAAAUAUUACGAAGAACAAGAAUUAUCUUAUCGAGUUGCACCUUCAACUGGACCAGGGUCAGUCUAUGACGGUUGUCUACCCACCGAACCUUCAUCAAUGUCAACAACCAAUUUAAUACCACCAGAAACAGAAUCAAACCAUUACGCUUCUUUGGGUGUUCGAACUCGAGUUCGACAACGAGUACCACAAAUACCAAUCUCCACUCUACCGAUCAAUAAUCAACAGGAUACAUCUGAUUCUCAUGAAUAUCAUGAAUUAUCACCAAGAAUUUCACCCGAUAACAUGGACACAACUAAUCUUGUCGAGGGCGAGGUUAAUCCGUACGAUAACUUUGGUCAACCACAGUUAAUUGGUCAUUUACUGUAAAUACAAUUGAUCAAUAGUAACACAAAUUAUGAUAAAAAAUAUUUUCGUUUAUCAACUUUGGUUAGAAUCAAUUUCUAACUAAUAGAUUCUAUUAUUUUAAAUUGCUCAUGUAAAGCUUUUAUUUUUUAAUUGGUUAAUUUAUUGUUUUCUAUCCUUCUGCUUAAAGUAAUGAUUAAAGUAACUUUUCGAACUUGAAAAU